AUGAGUUCAUCUUUAAUACCCAACGAUAAUCAUAUGUAUAAUAGCGUUGACUAUUGGGAUAAACGAUAUGAAAGUGUCGGUCAAAGGGCUGACAGCGAUAAUGAAUCGUAUGACUGGUUAGUUGACUAUUCAAAUAUCAAGCAUAUCAUCAACCAAUUGAUCCCAAAGACAGCAUCACUGCUAAUGUUAGGUUGCGGUAAUAGUCUAUUAAGUGAACAAAUGUUUGCCGACGGGUAUUGCAAUAUUGUCAAUAUUGACUACUCGUCGCCGGUUAUCAAACAAAUGUCCAAUCAUUGCGACAAUUGUCGGCAAAUGCAAUGGUCAGUCAUGGACUGUCGUGAGUUGACGUUUGCCACCGAAACAUUUGAUGUGGUCAUCGAAAAGGCCACUAUAGACGCCCUGCUGACCGAAGAGACCGACCACUGGAAUAUAUCGGACACUAAUCGACAACAGAUCAGUCGUGUCUUACAAGAGGUCUAUCGGGUGCUCAAAACUGACGGCCAAUUCAUAUCGAUAUCCUUUUAUGGAUCGCACUUCAGAUAUCCAUUAUAUAAGAGUUGUUUUGAGUCAAACACCGAUCGAUUGGCAAUGAAAGCCAUACAUGAAGUGUCCGCCAGUUUUCACUAUUACUGCUAUCAACUGAUUAAAUGUGUGAAUAAAACUAUUGAUUUUGAGCCCCAAGUCUACGAACCACCGAAAGUGAUCACUACUUGUUUGAGUGGCAAUUGUCAGUCAAAUCAACUAAUAGAUGAUAAGUGCCUCAUAAAUGCAAAUCCAGUUCAAGAUGAGAGUCAUUAUCUAUUAAAUAUUAACCUCUAAAAGAGUCAAUUAGUAGUGACUAUACUCUAUAAGUUAAAGACACUAAACACAUACAUACAUACAUUC